AUGGUGGUGCUGGGAGCGCUGGGGAGCCUGGAGCCAGCCUGUACCCGCGCGGGGGCGGGGGCCGGGCCUGGAGACCCGGUUUCCACUCGUGCUCAGCCGGCCCUGAGCCCCGUAGGCGCGGAAGUCGGGUCUGGGACCUGCCCUCGGCGUGCUCGCCCUCUCCUCUCUCACCACCCCAUUCCUCUCUCCCUCAUUUUUGUCUCUGUCUCCCACUCCGAACAGGUACCGAGAACUUUCUGGGGAAUCGACAUAAUUUCUCUGGCUGCGGGUUGCGCUGUCUGUAUCCGAAUAAAUCCAGCUCGCAUUCGUCCAGCAGGAAACGGCUCCCGGUUCCCGUGUACGGAGACGCAUCGGCCCAGCACGGGACGCGAGAUGGCUCCUCGUGCUCAUAAGGCGGCAGGUCUGGCCUCCGAGGGAGGCUGGACUAUCAGCGCGCUCAGGCCGAGCAGCCUCUCGCUGCCCGGCAGUGCCUGGCAGUCGCCCGCCUCUGCCUGUGCUUCGGGAACCCGCCGGGCCGAGUCCGUCCGGGGCGAAAACUGAAAGCAAAUUCCACGGCAGAUGAAGCUCGAACUUUCUACGAAGCAAGUUUGCAGCAAAGAUUCGGUGGUACCUUUGAGAGGACAGCGCGCGCAAAGUGGGGCGGUGGGCGAAGAGGGCACCGAAUGUCUGAGCUUGGUCCGCGGCGAAACGAGAGGGAAGGCGCCUCCCCUUCAUUUCUCGCCAACUCCUCGGCCUCUGUCCGUAAAAAUAGUUUCCAA